GGCGAAUCGACCGGAAGAACCUCAUCGCAUCCUGACCUCCGCUCCUACACGCUGUGCCCGCUCGCUUUCCCCUCCUCUCAUCUACCACCAAACACACAAUGGCUUCGGGUUUCGGUCUCAAUGGCGGUCCUUCCCGCUGCUACAACUUCUGGCAGGAAGUCCUCGGCUGCUACGUCGUCAAUGCCGGCGAUGGUGAAACCGGCAAGAAGAAGUGUAUGCCCGCUUUGGAGGAUUACUACGAGUGCCUGCACCACAGAAAAGAGGCUUUGCGAACGAUGAAGAUGCAGGCCGCCUACCGGAAGGCCGAAGCGGCGCACCCCCGGGAGAACGCGCCCAAGGCAGAGCAGAUUCGCAGUUUGGGGCUGCUAGGGAAGGAGGAAGAGGCGUCUGCUUUACUGACGAAGGCUUAAGGGGAUUUUGAGCACACUAGGGGUGCGGUUCUGUUUUUGUUGUUUUUACUACCACCACCAAUGUCGUGUUGUUAUUUUCCUACUUGGAGUCCCUCAGUGUAUAGAAAUGGACAAGUCUAUUAUGCGCG